UGUGUGUUGGGUGGGUAAACCUAGCUAGCUCCUCGACCUAAGUAGUCGGGCAAUGGAGGGUAGCGUGAUCUUCUAGCUCCACGGAUCCAUCCAAUGCGCACCGGCGACGGCUGCCAGGCGGAGGCGCAGCUCCAUCAGUGUGAGAAUCGAUCGAGAUCCAGAUUUCUUGCUUCUAGAAUGAGCUCUCAGCUGGAUCUAGGCAGUGAGGAUGAGGCAGAAUUCGUGGAAGUCGAUCCAACUGGUCGCUAUGGCCGGUACAAGGAGCUACUCGGCAAAGGGGCUUUCAAGACUGUAUACAAGGCUUUCGAUGAGAUCGAUGGGAUCGAAGUUGCCUGGAAUCAAGUGAAGCUCCACGAUGUGCUCAGGAGUCCCGAGGAUUUGGAGCGCCUAUACUCGGAGGUACACUUGCUCAAAUCGCUCAAGCACAAGAACAUCAUCAAGUUUUACAACUCGUGGGUGGAUACCAAGAACAACAACGUGAAUUUCAUCACCGAGAUAUUCACGUCGGGGAACUUGAGGCAGUACCGUAGGAAACACAAGCAUGUUGAUUUGAAGGCUGUCAAGCACUGGGCAAGGCAGAUUCUGCGGGGGCUUCUCUAUCUGCACAGCCAUGAUCCACCGAUCAUACACCGCGACCUCAAGUGUGACAACAUCUUUGUGAAUGGAAACCACGGCGAAGUGAAGAUUGGAGACCUUGGACUUGCUGGGAUUUUGCGGCAAGCACACGGUGCUCAUAGCGUGAUUGGAACGCCGGAGUUCAUGGCUCCUGAGCUGUACGAGGAGGAUUACAAUGAACUUGUCGACAUCUACUCGUUUGGUAUGUGCCUCCUGGAGAUGGUCACCUUCGAGUAUCCUUACAGCGAGUGCAUGAAUGCGGCCCAAAUCUACAAGAAGGUUACAUCGGGAAAGAAGCCCGCUGCGCUGAACAAAGUUCAGGAUCCUCAAAUGCGGGCUUUUGUGGAGCAGUGCCUAGCCAAAGCAUGUAGGAGGCUUCCAGCAAGAGAGCUGCUCAUGGAUCCAUUUCUUCAGUGCCAUACAGCGGAAAGGGGGGUCGUUCACGAGCCUCACAACAGCAUGGACGAGCUGGAAGUAAUUCUCGAAGAGAAUGGCGACGACUCGCUGUCCACUAUUCACGCUGGAGCUAUGGCUUAUGACCUGGCACCUAGAGGUGCACAUCACAAUCACCACGAGUUGACACGGCGCAGCAGAGACUUCAGAGUAAGAGUCAGGCGAAGAAACGACGACACAAUCUUUUUAAAACUCCGGAUUGCGGACCAGGAAGGCUGCAUUCGAAACAUUCAUUUCCCCUUCGACGUAGAAGCUGACACUGCACUAUGCGUGGCAAGUGAAAUGGUAGCCGAGCUAGACCUCUCCGACCAGGAUGUCACGACCAUCGCUGAUAUGAUCGAUGCGGAGAUAGUGCUGCUGGUCCCUCACUGGAGACCCGGGGCUUCGUUUGAAGAACACAGAGAAGACACCAUCCUUCACGAUACCGACGAUAUCGACACUUGCGAGACAGUAUCUUCCAGAAACUCCGAAGUCGAGAGCCUUUCACCACAGAACUUGGAGGGAACAAUGCACGGACGAUUCGAGGAGUUUACGUAUCAGUCGUUGCCAAUGAGAUCUCACGCGACUCCGAGAGAGAAUCAGGAAACAGCAAAGUUGUGGGACUUCCAUUCGACGCCAGUUCCAGACAAGAGACCCGAGCAUGCCGGUGCUGUUCCAGAGGAGGGGUCAUCAUGCGAGGAAGAAGGCUCUAGUGCUGGGAUUGACGAUCCACUUGAGUGGGAGAUGGCGGUGCUGGCACACAAGCAAGAGCAGGAGCUGAGGCAACUCCGGAGACAGCACGAGCAGGCAGUGCUAGAGCUGAGAGACAGAUACAAGCAGAAGCCCGGUAUGCGCUUCUGUGGCCGGCCAUCACUCGAAGAGCUCGCAAUGUGCGACGACCGAGGUGACAAGCGCCAGAGUUUUGGAUCGUCCGAGUUUCAGUUCAAGGAGGUUCCGGCGUCCAAGACCAGCUGUGGCCUGGACGUGCAGCGCAGGCAAAAGAGCAUGUCGGAUAUGGACGUGAAGAAAUCCUUGGCCCUGGAAGCAAUGCCGAGACCGGAGCACAAGGGCGGUCAUUCUUUGGAAGUGGUGUAGAGGGGAGACAGUCAGUCUCUACUUACCUAUCUGGUUUAGGACGAUGGUGGUGAUAGCAUUCACGGGAGCUCCUCCUCCAGCGACAACGGGUUUGCAUCCCAAUGGCCGUCUUCGCAAUCGCAGGCCCGGAAGAUUGACAGCAGCAACAGGUGCUACUGAAUUGGUGGAGCUCGCGGCCUCUAGUGUCGCUGCUACUGCUGCGACUGUGGUGGAUCCUUGGUCUCCCGGUGGCGUCAAUUCACAGAGCCUGGCGUCUCAGCUGUUUGCUGCAUCGCUCUUCCCGUAUCUCGGCUUCCUCUAUCACCUUACCAAGUCCAAGACUGCGCCCCAGCUCACCCUCUUUGGCUUCUACUUUCUACUCGCAUUCGUCGCAGCUACAAUUCCUGCUGGCAUCUAUGCCAAAGUUCACUACGGCACAUCUCUCUCGAACGUUGAUUGGCUUCACGGCGGUGCCGAAUCCUUCCUUACAGUCACGAAUCUGUUUAUAGUGCUCGGCUUGAGAAAAGCGCUGCGUGCUACUGCUGCUGCUGGUGAUGUUGCUGCCAAUGCUGCAAAAGAUGAAAGCAGUUAAAACGCUUCGAUUGUGUUCUUUCUGUUUACCUGGGAGGACUUGGCCGGGCUGUAUUUUAUAUAAAACGUAACUUUUUAGUCUCGGGCUCA